AUGGCGCGGCUGCUUGCCCUCCAUAUGCACCUCCUGGUCGUGAAAGUGUUCGGGCAAAGUUGUCACCAAAAGGUCGCGAAACUGAACGCUGAUGGGGUGGCCGGCGUAGGUCAGGCAUCCUGCCUCAUACAGCAGCGUGCAGAUGCCGCGAAAACCUUGAUUGAGGCGAAGGAUUCACCUUUCUCACCCGCGCAGUGGCAAUGCAUCUCGGAAUAUGGUGCAAGUGUGGAUGCUGAUCUUCCUGGCUUCUCCCGGCGUUUGGAGCAAAGGCACUUUGGAGGCACGGGUCAGGCCACCACUGGCUCAGUCAUCUUGGGAGCUGGCUUUGGAACCACUGCAACACGAUCCCUCGCAGCUUUCGGGCGCCAACUCGGACUCGGUGUGCAUCAUUUCGUGCAGGGACACAACGCCCACGAAAUUCCGAAGUUCUGGAGUCGAUUGACGCACCUCACGAAACUGCAGCACCCCAAAGGCCUCGAUGGAUGCAUUUCGACCCUGAAUGCCUUGAACUUUUCCGAGGCAUUUGACCAGGGCAACGACUUGCUCCUGGACACCCCCAUGGCGGAGCAUUUCCUUGAUUUCUAUGCCGUGUCACCUCAGUCCAAGGUCAUCCUCACGAACCGCGAUGCAGUGGAUUGGGCGAAAGCGCGGCUGGAAUGGGAUGAGACAAUGGUGGUUCCUCUUCACAGCCCGUGUGGUGUGAAGCUCGCCACGAUGAGUGCGGAGAAGGCGGCCCGCCUCUAUGAGGCGCACAGCCGACUUGUACGUUGCAUUGUCCCAGCAGAGAAUCUCAUGGAGAUCAACGUUUUCGAUGGUUCAAGGAUUGAUGUUCCGGCAUUGUCAGAGUUCCUCGGCAAAGGGCGGCCAGAGUUUGCCCCACUCUUCCCGCGGGUGAGCGAUCAGCGCUGGGGUCCCGAAGCCAAAACGGACUUUGCCAUAUGUAUCACAGGCCAAAUCCGUCGGCUGGAGCUCAAGACGAAGGUCGAACGACUCAUCCGACCCCUUAUGGACAACAACUUCCGGGUCAUUGUGGCGCUCGUCUUGGAUCCCCGUGGCACCGCUUCCUACGUCCACCGUGGUCCAGGAGAGGUCUUUGACGACUUCGUGGUGGUAGAUGGAAAUUUCUCAAGCUUGCAACAAGCAGCCGAGAUGUUUCCUGGAGGCAUGACGCUGCUCGGCGACCCGUUCAUCCCGCGCGACUAUCCUGUGGAUGAGCGCUAUGUGCAGGACUUGUACAGUCAAAUGCCUGAGAAGGGCGUCGAGUAUGCCAACCAGAGGGCGAAGUCACACAUGCGGCAGUGGGAGGCCCUAGAGCGCUGCGGCCAGCUCCUGAUCAGCCCCGUGAAUCAUGCGAACUACACUUUGAGGCUGCGUGACGACAGCGCUGUCUUGGAGCCCUUCGUGCCACGCCUCGACCUGCUGGAAGAUCGAGCGCUUUAUGCUCCGGCGUGCAGCAGGUUUGGAGGUGUCAACGACAAGCUUGCCUUGAUUAGGGGACGAGACACAGCCAGAGAUUACUUUGCCCUUUCUCUGGACAUGGUACGCCAUCGCUUUAAUGAGAUCCACGAGCUUAUGGUGUCAAGCAUGGGAACCCGCAACCCGGAACAUGCACUCAAAAUUAUGCUGGAUCUGAACCAGACGAUGACCAAGCAUCUGGAGGCUGAUGACGUGCCUAUCGUGCCAUCGAAAAACCUUCGCCGUGACGGAAAGACGUAUCAGUGCUUUUACACCUUGACUGGUCAAUACAACGACUGCCUUCCUGAGCGAAGCCGGGCACGCCUCACGGGCUUGCAAGGAGGAUUCAGCAUCCACAAGCCAGACUCGGACAAUGCGCGGUCGGAUUUCCUUUGUGAGGGCACAGCCCUAGAUUUCUAG